AUGUACGCCAAGUCUGCUCUCCUCGCCCUUUUGGCCGGUGUCCUCGGCGUCAGCGCCGGCUACGACCCAGCUCGCAUGCCCGCCAAGACCGACUCUAAGGGUGGUCAGACUGGUUUCAACGACUGUCAGCAGCGAUACGGUGCUACCAGCCCCACCGCCAAGUGCCAGAACAUCUUUAUCAACUCGGUCAAGGACUUCUGUCUUUGGGGUCCUCCCAACACCAAAAACUCGGACACUGUCGGUGACCUCGAGGCCGUCAUGGUCUCUUACUGCAUGAAGUCUGGUUAUGGUACUCGUCUUAUCCCUGACGGCACCAUCAAGGGCGCCCACUUCCUCAAGACUCCUUCCUUUGUCCAGGUCACUGGUUUUGGUGACUUCACCAAGAUUCACAUCCGCGCUGGUGACGAGGGAGGUGAGCUCGACCCUCACGGUGCUACGGGCUCUGGUAACCCUGUCGGUGGUGUUGUCUUCACCCGCGCCUACACCGGCAACUGGGAGCAGCUUCUCGAGUGGCAGAACUUCAUGUCCGCCACCGAGUACUGCUUCCGUGCUUGCCGUGUCGGCCCUUGGGACCGCCAGUGGUGUCCUCACAUCUACGACGUCAUGGGUUGCAUGUGGAACCAGCCCGCCAAGUACGACAACGGCGUCUUCGAGCAGUGCGAUGGUACCGAGGGUGCCUGGCCUGGUGUUUACUCUGGCUCCACCUGGUACCAGGGUGUCAAGCCCACUCCCAAGGCUCAGAAUCCUGGCAAGAGCUCCAACUGCCGAUACUACCCCUCGAUCUCCAACGGUCCUGCUGUCAAGACCCCUUCAAAGCGAUCCGUCAUGGCUACCCAGGUCAAGCGAUCCCCCGAGUGGGAGGAGGAGCCUUAA